GCAAGCCCCGCCUCUCAACCUCCCCGCCCCUUAACCUCCCCGCCCUAUGCCCCAUAUCGGGCCCCGCCCCACUCAGGCCCCGCCCAUUCACGCCUUAGGCCCCGCCCCCAUGCAACCCCGCCCCACACCCCGCCUCCACAGGACUCAGUCCCCGCCCCUUAAUGCCUCGCCCCGCCCCCCCCAAGCCCCGCCCCAGGAGCCCUCCCUGGUCCAGGCCCCGCCCCGUCCCGAGCGCAGCCGGCGGCCGAUGGAGCAGGAGGCGCGGGUGCUGAGAGCUGCGGGCGGCUUUGGCCGGGCCCGGCGCCUGCUGGCCGCCGCCUCGUGGGUACCCUGCAUAGUGCUGGGGCUGGCGCUGAGCUCCGAAGCGCUGCUUACCGCGCAGCCCGCGCACCACUGCCGACCGGACCCCACGCUGUUGCCCCCACCGCUGCGCGCCCUGCGCGGACCCGCGCUGCUGGACGCCGCCAUCCCGCGCCUGGGGCCCACGCGCGCCCCGAGUCCCUGCCUGCUCCUGCGCUACCCAGAUCCCGCGCCCCGCACCCGCCCCGGCCCGCGCCCCGCGCCCGCGAGCAACGGCACCCGGCCCUGCACACGCGGCUGGCUCUACGCGCUGCCCAGCGCCGGCCUCCUGCAAAGCCCGGUCACCCAGUGGAACCUUGUGUGUGGAGACGGCUGGAAGGUCCCGCUGGAGCAGGCGAGCCACCUCCUGGGCUGGCUGCUGGGCUGUGUCGUCCUGGGAGCAGGCUGUGACCGGUUUGGACGCCGGGCAGUUUUUGUGGCCUCCCUGGUGCUGACCACAGGCCUGGGGGCCAGUGAGGCCCUGGCUGCCAGCUUCCCUACCCUGCUGGUCCUGCGCCUACUCCAUGGGGGGACAUUGGCAGGGGCCCUCCUCGCCCUGUACCUGGCUCGCCUGGAGUUGUGUGACCCCCCGCACCGCCUGGUCUUCUCCGUGGGGGCUGGCCUUUUCUCGGUGGCGGGCACCCUGCUGCUGCCCGGCCUGGCUGCGCUUGUGCAGGACUGGCGUCUUCUGCAGGGGCUGGGUGCCCUGAUGAGUGGACUCUUGCUGCUCUUUUGGGGGUUCCCGGCCCUGUUCCCCGAGUCCCCCUGCUGGCUGCUGGCCACAGGUCAGGUAGCUCAAGCCAGGAAGGUCCUGUGGCGCUUUGCAGAAGCCAGCGGCGUGGACCCCGAGGACAGUUCCUUGGAGGAGAACUCCCUGGCUACAGAGCUGGCCAUGCUGUCUGCAGGGAGCCCCCAGCCCCGGUACCACAGCCUCCUGGGGCUCCUGCGCACCCGAGUCACCUGGAGAAACGGGCUUAUCUUGGGCUUCAGCUCGCUGGUUGGUGGAGGCAUCAGAGCUAACUUCCGCCGCAGCCUGGCACCUCAGGUGCCGGCCUUCUACCUGCCCUACUUCCUGGAGGCCGGCCUGGAGGCGGCAGCCUUGGUCUUCCUACUCCUGACGGCAGAUCGCUGUGGACGCCGCCUCGUCCUGCUGCUGGGCACCAUGGCCACAGGCCUGGCAUCCCUGCUGCUCCUCGCUGGGGCCCAGUAUCUGCCAGGCUGGACUGUGCUGUUCCUCUCUGUCCUGGGGCUCCUGGCCUCCCGGGCUGUGUCUGCACUCAGCAGCCUCUUUGCGGCCGAGGUCUUCCCCACCGUGAUCAGCUGCCCCCAACGCACUCUCUCUCACAGGGGGGCCGGGCUGGGCCUGGUGCUGGGGGCCGGGUUCCUGGGCCAGGCAGCCAGCCCCCUGGACACCCUGCACGGCCGGCGGGGCUUCUUCCUGCAACAAGUCGUCUUCGCCUCCCUUGCUGUCCUUACCCUGCUGUGUGUCCUGCUGCUGCCUGAGAGCCGAAGCCGGGGGCUGCCCCAGUCACUGCAGGACGCCGACCACCUGCGCCGCUCCCCACUCCUGCGGGGCUGCCCCCGCCAGGACCACCUGCCUCUGCUGCCGCCCUCUGACUCCUGUUGGGCCGGCCACACCCCGGAGCAGCACUAGUCCUGCCUGGUGGCCCUGGGAGCCAGGAUGGGACCAAGGUGAAGGCCUGGGGCAUGGCUGAGUACCCCAGACAUCUGGUCCAGGGCAAACAUAUUCCUCUCAGAAGCCCGUGUCUCAGUGCAGGUGGAGCUGUGGGGACAGCAUGAAGGUGUCCCCAGCCAGGCCCCAAGCACUAGGAGGCCCUGGGUCUCCCCCCCUGGCCACACCCAGUAGGUGUGGAGGAUAAAGGCUUCUGUGGAACUUGG